AUGACAUUCACUUCUGAGGGAGUUGAUGAUGAUGCCAUUUCUGAAAUAUUAAGAGCAACUCCAAUGAAAGUCACUGCCAUGAUGAAUGAUGAUCUGAAUUUACCCUACUCAGAUGAUGAAAUUAGGGCUGCUUUGUUUCAAAUGCAUCCAUCCAAGAGUCCCGGGCCAGGUGGUAUAUCUCCUUUCUUCUAUCAGAAAUAUUGGCAUAUUGUGGGUUUUGAUGUUUGUACUGCUAUUCAGGCUGCGCAUUUUAUGCACAAGCUGAGAUCACAAGAGAAGGGUUUCUUUUCCCUCAAGCUAGAUAUUAGUAAAGCUUAUGAUCGGCUAGAAUUACCUUUUUUACAUUCCAUGUUAGUAAAGCUUGGUUUCUCCUCCAAGUGGAUUAAUAUGGUUAUGAGUUGUGUUACUUCUGUCAGUUACAGCAUUCUUGUACAGGGAGAACCAUCUGAACAUAUCUACCCUACUAGAGGCAUCAGACAGGGGGAUCCAUUAUCACCUUAUUUAUUCAUAUUAUGUGAUGAGGGUUUGUCAGCCUUAAUCUCACAGGCUAUGGACUCUGGGGCCAUUCAUGGUUUAAAGAUGUGUCCACAGGCUCCAAUUCCACAUCAUUUAUUUUUUGCAGAUGAUAGUCUAUUAUUUGGAGCGGCUACUGUUGCUGAAUGUAUCACUCAUAGACAAAUAUUGAACACUUAUGAGAGGGCCUUUGGUCAGAAGGUUAAUUUUCAGAAGAAUAGUGUGGUCUUUAGUCGCAAUAUUCAUAUAGACGUUCAGAAUGAAUUAGCUACAAUUUUGGAGGUUGAAUGUGUAGAAGAUCAUGAUCGAUAUUUGGGACUUCCUAUGCAGGUUGGAAAAUCAAAAACUCAGAUUUUCCAAUACAUCAAGGAGAAGCUCUCUAACAAGUUGGACAAUUGGAAGGCAAAAAUAUUAAGUUGUGCAGAAAAAGAAAUUUUGAUCAAGACUGUUGCUCAAAUGAUGCCAUUAUAUGCAAUGAAUUGUUACUUGCUUCCGAAGACUUUAUGUGAUGAUGUGCACAAGCUAUGUGCCUCGUUCUUCUGGGGUGACACGAAUGAUAAAAGGAAGAUUCAUUGGAGAAGUUGGGAGAGGCUCUGUCUAACAAAGCAUGAGGGAGGUAUGGGUUUUAAGAAUAUAUAUGCUUAUAAUCUGGCUAUGUUGGCUAAGCAAGGAUGGAGACUUGUUACCAAUCCUAAUUCCCUUAUUGCUAGACUUUAUAAAACUAGAUAUUUUCCGCAUUGUGAGUUCUGGCUGGCUGAACUUGGUGAGGCACCCUCAUUUUCUUGGCAUAGUAUUCUAGCCGAUAGACUUGUUUUGAAGGCUAGAACCAAAUGGAGAAUUGGAGAUGAUCUCAUUGACUCACAUACAAGACAAUGGAUCGCGGAUGUCAUUCAUACUAAUUUUCACCCAAAUGUGGCAGUAAAAGUGCUUUGUAUCCCACUUAGUAGCCAACCUGCCUCAGAUAUGUUGUACUGGCACUUAGAAAGAAGGGGUAGCUUCACAGUCAAGAGUGCUUAUUGGAUUGCAUGCAGUCAAGUUCUACAGAAUGUUCUGGUGUCCACUUCCAAUGGUGAUCCCUACAAGGAACUGUGGAGGAAAUUAUGGAAAGCUCAAGUCCCUGGAAAAGUCCUAAUUUGUGCUUGGAGGGCUUGCUGCAACUUAUUACCUACAAGAGAGAGACUUUCAACUAAAGGGUAUGAAGGGGAGCUUCGAUGCCUUUUAUGCAACUACUUGAUUGAGGAUACAGCUCAUCUCUUCUGUAAGUGUCCUCUUGCACAGUCUCUACUAUCCCAACCUCCCUUGCAACUCCAAAACUCUCUCCUCCCUCAAAUUCAUUUUAAAGAGUGGAUGUUAGAGCACGCUUUGAAGCUUAAAAUGGAGGAUUUUGAGAAGUUACUCAUGUUGAUUUGGGGUCUAUGGACUAAUCAGAACUCAAAGUUGUGGGAAGACACUUCUGGUAGUGCUAUUGACAUCAUGUUCAAGUGUUUCUCAUGGCUUGAUGAAUUCUAA